AUGACUGUUGACAAAGUAUCAGUAACUAAGAAGGUAAACAGUGUUGCAAUCAUCGGUGCUGGUGCUUCAGGUGCAGUCGCGGUUGAUGUAUUGAAAAAGGAAGAAGCUUUUGAAAAAAUUAAAGUAUUUGAAAGAAAAAACUCAUUUGGUGGAGUUUGGCAUUUAGAUGAAACCCCUGAUUUUAUCAAAGUUGCCUCUGGUUCUAAUGAAACUGAAAAUGAUCCACAGCUGGAAAUUCCAGAAAAUUUAAAAGAUAAUGGUGAAAAACUUAGUGUUUCAAGAAGUAAUAAGGCAAGAUUUAUCAAUACACCAGCUUAUGAAAAUAUUAAAACUAAUGUACCUGAACAUUUCAUGACAUUUUCAGACAAUCCAAACUGGCCAGAUGAUAAAAAACCUGUUGAUGAGCCUUUUACUACAAGACGUUAUGUGGCUCAAUAUAUACAUGAUUAUAUUCAACCAAAUAUUGAACAUGUCACAUUGAGAACAACUCUAGAGAGAAUUGAUAAAGAUUAUUCUAAUCUUCAAAAUCCAUUUAUCUUAACACUAAGACAAGAAACUGAUGUUAAGGAUGCAGAGGGUAAAUUUGUUGACCUCUGGUGGAAAGAAUCAUUCGAUGCGGUUAUUCUAGCAACAGGUCAUUAUCAUGUUCCUCAUAUUCCUUUUGUUGAAGGUCUUAAUGAUGUUUUAGAAAAGUUUCCUGAAAGAAUUGAAUAUGCUAAACAGUUUAGAGAUCCAGAAAGAUACACAGGAAAGAGAACUUUGGUGGUUGGUGCCUCGGCUUCAGCGUUGGAUAUUGCCUUUUUAUUAUCGAAAUUUUCCAAUGAGGUUUACCGUUCAGAAAGAGACCAUGAGGAAAACUCAGCCGUUAGAAAAAUCAAUAUUGAUUUGAAAACCACCAUUAAGCCUAUCAUUACAAAAUAUGAAAUUACUGAAAAUGGCUUUAACGUUGUUUUUUCUGAUGGUACUAUUUUAGAAAAUCCUGAUUUUGUCAUUUAUGGUACUGGUUAUGAUUAUUCUUAUCCAUUUUUAAGACAUUUAUGGCCAAACUUUAGUGAAAAGGGUGUUAGAUUACCAGAAAAUUUCCAACAUACAUUUCAUAUUCCAGAUCCUUUAAUUUCAACCCUGGGUGUUCCUGUUGGUGCUUUAAGUUUUAGAGCGUUUGAAUAUCAAUCGAUACUUGUUUCACGAUUCUUAUCUGGGAAAAUUGAUUUACCAUCAAAAGAACAACAAUAUCAAUGGGUUAAAGAUAGAGAGAAAAAUAUUGGUAUCAAUAGAAGAUUCCAUGCUAUUGGAUCUGAAAACGUUGUGAAAUAUUUGCAAGAUCUUACAGAUUUGGGUGGUGGUGUUGAAGCAAUAGGCGAACACGGAAGAAAAUUUCCUGUAGUAACACAAGAACAAGUUCUUCAAUGGAGAGAUAAGAAAGAGGCUAUUGUUGCGAAAUGGCAAAAUCAAGCAGAUGUGGGAUUAUCGUGGGGUUAA